UCCGAUUUGGACAAGUCACUUGAAAUUCAUCUUGUUUACACUUUAGAUUAAUUCAUCACAAAAUGUCUGUCUUAUUUUGCCUCGAAAAAACUUUGGUUCGGAGAGUUAUUGUGAUACUUACAGUUGCUUACAGCGUACGACCACAAGAAAAAGAUGGAGACAUGAGUUUAUGGAUAAACAGAUGUACACUUAAAGUCAAUUGGACAAUUCAAACCAAUCCAGAUGGAUGUUUUCCGAGUUUAUACAGUGUUCGACUUUUAAAGAACAAUCAAGAAAUCACAACGAGUGGCACCACGCUUACAAGUUAUUCGUUUGAAGGAACUGACUCAGAGUCGACAUACCGGGUCAUAGUUUCGCCAAUUCUGGAAUGUAACAACGGUUCUAGACCCCGUGGAAAUAGCUUGGACCACAGUAUUUCAGCUAUCCCGAGAAGUCAACAAACCUUUAUAACCAAAUAUAUUUCCGACGACUUUACUUUACAAUGUCCACUAAAUGGGUCUUACACACCAUUCAGUGUGGAGUGGGAGCAUAAAAUAGGGAUCGAUUCAACAAUAGUUAGAAAAUUUACUACCCCGGAAAUCACUCUUACAGACGUAUCGUACAAGGACUCGGGAAAAUAUGUCUGCACUGUUGGAUUUUAUUCCUGUGGAGGGUCAGGACUUCAAAGGAAGCUUACGAGUUCAGUCAGUCUGAGCGUAAACGGACCACCAUACAUGCCGAUGCCUCCACAAACAGUUGUUGCUGAUCCUGCCGACAAUUUGACGUUAUCCUUGAGCUUGAUAUCCUUUCCAGCUCCAUUUAGUUUAAUUUUGGUUAGAAACCAACUUAAUAAAAUAAUUUAUCGCAGCAGUGUUUCCUUUGCUCCAACUGAAGUAACACUUUCUGCUUUCGGAAGGGUAGUAAAACUUUAUGGUUACAGCUCUCAAUUAAAUAUGCCAAAUAUUACAAGAGAGUGGUUCGGAACCAACAGCAUCAUAGUGUUCAACCGCCUGGGGAAUUAUUCACUUUUUUUCACUGUGGAAGAGUUUUCGGACAGGGAGAAUUUCAUUGUUAGGUUUCUUAAGGAUAACCUGCUUCUUGUGGCUAUUGUCGGUGGAUCAAUCCUUGCAGUGUCCAUCGUUGUGAUAGUAACAAUCAUUUGUCUGGAUAUCAGGAAGAAACGUAAACAAAAAUGCAUGUCUUUGGACAACAACCGUUUCCCAGAAAGUGCCGUUGCAGACAAUUGCAACCAACAUAUCUACGCUCGUCCUUUCUCCUUUGGAAAUAAUAGACUAAAUCAAGAUGCACGAGAACUUCAGUGUUUGAAAGACCACGAGAAACAAAUUGAGUUGGAAGGACGUCAAUGUGCUAGCAUGUACAGUUGUGCCGGCUUUUCUUUGAAUGAGUUCCAAGAUGAUUCGAUCGUAUACGACAACCAGUUUGCACCGGGAUACACUUAGACGACUGUUUAUUGUUCUAAAUGACAACCAAUGUUCACUUGUAUCUGAUAUCCACGACUAGAAUUUAGUUCUGCAAUUCAAUUCAUUAUUAAACAAAUUGAAAAUUAUGUAAACACACACAUUCUCAAUAUUUUAUGUUUACAGCACCUAGGUAUUUUGUUCUGUUCUCUAUAUUUCUUUGCGAUAUUAAUUGUUAUUGAUACAGUAAUAGACAAAACCAGAUGUUACGAAAUCACAUAAACAUUAACAACCAGUCUGCCUAUUAACAAAGUUUAACACAUUUCUUAAAUUUACUGAUGAUUUGAAAUAGGUGCAUAGUUUAGCUGCUUAAAUAUCAAUUCUAUUUUAAAUGCUCUAAUAAACCUUUUUGCUAUCGCU